AUGAAGCAGACCGCUCGCUGGCUGCUAUUGAUCGUCGUCCUCGCGACGCGAUCGGCUUCGGUGCCGAGGAUCGACAGGAACCUUACGACAGAGGGAAAAAUCGUUAGCAGCGGGAUCGAGGAAUUUUCGGUAUCGCGGGAAGACUUGAAGCAGCUGAAGACGUUGCUGAGACAGGCCUCGAAUUCGUCACAAUCUGGAAAUGAAACGGUUACCGCUACAAGACAAGGACCAUGUCAGUGUCUCGGUGGCGUUUGCGGAUGUUGCUCGCGGAUCUUGUACGACAGGUGGAAACAGAAGGCCUGUGUGAACAUCACGUACGAUCCCGAUGAGUUUAGCUUCACCGCACACAUCUUGAUGAAUGAUAGAAUCCUUUAUACGAGGACUGUCUCUGGAAAGAAUCCUAGACCGAUGUGCGUUCCUUUUCCAAGGAUACCGUUCAUAAGAGCAUGCGUCAGAUUUUAUAAUAUAUAUUUCCAAGGCAGAAAUCUUCAUCUGUGUGUCAAUAUGGAGGGAAAAUUCGAGGAUACGACAGUGUUUAAGGUGAGUUUAGAUUGCCUUAGAUUCGGUGCAAACGGACUAGCUCUUUUAAAACCAGAAGAUGGAGGCGGUUUGGGUCAAGUAGAAGUUUUUCCCGAUGACGUUAAUGAUGAUGAAGACGAUUACGACGAUGAAAAUGAGGAAGAUGAUGAAAAUGAUGAUGAAAAUGAUGAUGAUGAUGAUGAUUAUAUAUAUUCAUAG